GGUUGAUAUAUCACACCGACGCGCUCUUUUCUCGCCACUAUCAUCCAUCUCCCAACGGUCAUGGCAGACGCACAGGGUCCUUCCGCAAAAGCCCCAGUGACACCUCCCUCAAAAACUAAACCGAUCCCUCCCAAACAUACUCCGCACAGCCUCACAGCAGCGAGUCACCAAAGGGAUGACCACUAUGGAGGUAGGAUCGGUACUGAGCAGCCUCCCACCGUUGCGGUAGAAACUGUAAAGCAGCAUCUGGUGGAAGAUUGUAAUACCGCACAGUUGGUUUCAUUUGAGGUCUUCGCCACCCAGAUUCUUGGUCUACCGAACGAUUGGAAGGUUAAGUGGUCCAAGCAGCUUCGUUCCGCUCUCGAGUUAGCCGAAUGGGAGGAUUACAAAACCGCUUGGUACGAAGAAACUCAGGAAGAGGGUCUCUACGCUCCCUUUUCAAAAUUGUGUAAUAAGGUUUUCGCCACAAUUACCGGAGGACAGAAUCACAAGAAUUCGCUGGUGAUGUACAACCAUAGCACGGGUUUCCAGACAACUGGUUACACUCGACGUUCACCAGAUACUGCUGUCACACUCUGGGGAUGGGCGGAGAAGGCGGGGGGCAAGAUCGACAGGAACAAUGUUUUCGUGGGAUUUUUUGAUAAGCAGAAAGGGUUCAAGAAAAUCUCGUGGGCACAGAUGCGGAUGUUCGUGGAGAUCAAGAAUACACCAAUCGGCAAAACACUUGGCACGGAGUUCGUUUCCCCAUACUUCGUAAAGAAGCCUUCGAAAGCUGAGAGCUCCCAGGCUAGUAGUUCCGGUGUUGCUACUUCAUCUGGUUCGAAGAAACGUGGUCGCGAUCCAACAGCAGUUGGUCAGACUUCUGGCCAGGGGACACAGAAGCGACAGAAGAGUUCUAAACCCACCUCUGCUCCCGUUGUCUCACGGACGAUUCCGAACAGCGAAGAGCGAAUAGCAGGCUCACUAUCGAAAGAUAACGACAGCCCCGAACAUGUCAGGUUGCAAUGUGCUGGUUACGCUCUCGAGUUGUUGACGAGUGGUCGCAUUCGAUCUCAUUCGUUCGGAAUGCUUGUCGAUGGCCCCAACGUCCAGCUUCAGUACUACGAUCACUCCCUGAUUGUCAAGACACAUGGGAUCUACUUAUUCGACGAGAAGGAGCGACAGCUGUUUAUCGCUGCACUUUACUGCUUUACUCAGUUUAAUCCAGUGCAAUGGGGUGUCAUGUUGCAUGGUGACGAGGAAAAUCCAGAGAUGGACGCUGAAGAAGAAGAUGAAGAUGAAGAAGCCAACAAAAAAACCGGCAAGGCAUCUAGAAUUGAUCCAUUCGCUAGGAUACAAUUGUUACUUGAAAAGGACGACAUGAAGAAGCGUAUUCGACUCCGUCGCCUGCUAUUCCGCAGUCACGGAGUUAUUGGCCGUGGCACGGUUGUAGUGGAGGCUGAAUGCAUAUGUGGAAACGGGGGAUGUGAAUGUGAUUGGAAGGGGCCCUUGAUAGUGAAGAUCAGCUUUCCGGCCACGAGCAGAGUUACGGAGGACGAACUGGUCAAGGAUGCUCUCAGACUCGCCACAGGAAAAGAUGGAGAGUGGGUUCAAAACCAUCUUCCACGUAUCUUGUGGUCUCACAUCAUGCCUUUCGGCGAGAACACUCCACAAGCGUGGCUAGCGAAACACUUCCAUAAGGAAUACGAGGAGCGACAUGCUUGCGUCACUGUGCAGCAAAAGCUUCAGCCUAUCCACGAGUUGAAGACGCCCGAAGAAUUUGCUCAGGUCUUCUACGAUAUUCUCCAAUGUCACCGCUGGUUGUACAAGAUUGCUGAAAUCUUGCACCGGGACAUCAGUAUGAGUAACAUGAUGUUUCGGCGAGAUGAAGCGACGGGCGAGGUUUACGGUGUUCUCAAUGAUUUUGAUUUGUCCUCGAGGGUUGAGGAGAAUCGCAAGGCUUCCUCAAAGCAGCGCACUGGUACGAAGCCAUAUAUGGCGUACGACCUCUUCGACAAGAAAUGGAACGGUGGACAUCUAUACCGCCAUGAUUUGGAGUCCAUCUUUUAUGUAUUAUUAUGCCUUUGUGUGCAGUACGCAAGCCCCGGAAAGCAGGUGGCCAUUCCUGCGAAACACAAGCUUCCGCAUGAUUCUUGGUUCACCGGAACUUAUAAACAAGUCUCUCUCGAGAAAUUCAAGUUGCUUAACACACCCGAAUUCGAACCUGAAGUCACCGACUUUUUUCGACACUUCAUACCAUGGCUGACUGGUAUUCACAACCGGAUUGCCUCUGGGUAUAUUAGCAAGUCCAUCCUCACCGUAUCGAAGGACCCUGGUGCCUCUUUGUUUGAUAUGAAGACGCUCGGUGGCCACUUCACUUAUAUCCCCGUCGAAGAGAUCAUGUCUACCUUCAAAGGAACUCACUUGAAGAAGCGAACCGACAUAUCACUUGUUUGACUUCAUUUGGAUCAAUGAUCAUUCGGGGGGAUAUGCAGAUGGGUUCCACAAUAGUUUCACGCUUCAGUCAUGCUCCUAUAGUUAUGAGGAUGUAUCAUAUCCGUAUAAUAGUUCGACCUCUUCCAGAUGCAUAUGUAGAAAAUCCCGC